UACACACUGCUUCCCUACACAAUGUCGCACUGCAAGCGCUGCAAACAAACAGUCGACAUCGACAGCAUUAUCGGCACCCUGCCUGAUGCAAAGCUCCUGCAGGUCCAGGGCGCCCUGAAUACCACCACUGCCCCCACCGAUAUUUCGCGGUACCUGUCCCAGCAGUUCCGCGCCGACCAGAUCAAGCGCCAUGCAAACGGUACCGCAAGGCAGCCGCCCGAGGACGAAGAGAGCCAGACCAGCAGCCAGGCAGACUCCUGCAUCCCGAUACAGCCGCCUGCGCCACUGCACGCGGAGCAGAACGAUAUGGCAAAGACGUUUGGCGUGAUUGGCAGGAUCAUGGACAAGCUGGAUGCGCGCUCGAUGGUCGACCACCCGAUGUGCGAGGACUGUGCUGAGACCAUGCUGCGGCUGCUGGACAGAGAAGGCAUCCUGGACUCGCAGCUGGAGGGGCUUGCGGGCCAGCUGGCGGAUCUGGACGCCGAGUCCUUGCGGCUGGACCAGCUCGAGGCGCGCACAUUCCAGGAGCAGAACGAGCACCAGCAGGUGCUGGAGCGCAGCGGGCGCGAGCAGUGGGCGCUGGACGACCGGUACAAGAAGCUGUCGGCGCAGCUCAUGCAGCUGCAGCGGACCAACGUCUACAACGACAUCUUCAAUAUCUCAGUCGUCGACAAUAUUGCCAAUAUCAACGGAUUCCGGCUCGGCGGCCGCGGCUCCGUCGAGUGGGACCGAGAUCAAUGCUGCACGGUGGCGCGCAAGCUCAACUACGAGUUCCUCGACUACCGGCUGAUCCCCAUGGGCGGCUUCUCGCGCAUCGAGCGCCUGACCGACGGCGCUGCAUUCGAGCUGUUCGGCACCGGUGACCAGUACUUUGGGCGGCUGUUCCAGAGCCGCAAGAUCGACAGCGGUAUGGUCGCGUACCUGGCGUGCCUGGACCAGAUAGCGCAGCUGAUCAUGAGUCUGAAUCCGCAGGUCCGCGUGCCAUACCGCAUCGAGCAGGACCGCAUUGGCAGCGUGUCGAUCAAGAUGCAGUUUGGCCAGGACGAUCGC